AUGGAGUUGCCCCCAGCUGGAGAGAGGAAGUCCCUCCAAGUGCCUCCAGACUUCAGCAUCCGCAGCGUUGACUCUACGGCCUCUCCAGGUGCUGGAUAUAUCAGCCUCAGCGAGGAGCAGAAGGCCAGAGAGAUGUCGAAGUUGCAGCACAUGAUCCGCGACUUCGUGAUGGAGUUUCUGCAGGGUGUAUUCUUAGAUGCCGUCCUUGAAGAUGGGUCUUUGGUGCCUUGUCGCUGUGUUAUGGACAGCAAGCUGUCCAUACUCAUGCUGCAGGUGCACUCCACAACUCGUACGGUGGACUUGACCAGCAUCCAGGAGAUCUGCUCAGGAGGGGAGCUCAAGGACCUUCAGGUGACAACCCCAUUGGACGAAAACUGCGUAACUUUAGUAAUGGCUGAUGACCAAUGCGUUUCUUUCAAGUUCGCAGACAGGCAGGCGAGGGAGCAUUUCGCCACCUGCAUGAAG